AUGAUUGUGAGCCUGUGUCUCGGCCUGAUUGAGCGCAGGCCUAGUGUUCUGACAGCGGCCGUAUAUCCCGAACAGCGUCCGCGUCACGAGCCGGAAUAUUUCACUUGUAAGCUUUCUGGUGUUUUGGAGAAAAUUGCAAUGAACAACAGCCUGAAUGCCUCUGUGCAAGUGCAUGAGUCGCGUGUCAUCUGCAGAGGCCAGUGUCUGGCGCGAGCUGUGACCCAACUUUGGGCACAGGCCGCCAACAAAGGCUCUCCAGGCAUCCUGGUCCUGGGCCAGAUUCUCCAGCUGUCCCCGUGUAUGGCCAGUUUUCUUCGCGUCUGCCUCCAGGUGUGGAACCAGAACGGUCGCACGCCAUACAUCACCUAUGAAUACACCGUCCUCCGAGACUCCCUGCCCCCCGUCCCACCUCCUCCUGUCUACACUGGAUCAGACACCUCAGCUGGGGAAGUCUCUGUGGAGGUGGGGGGUAUGCUGGCCCCCAACAGCAGCGUUUACGACCAGACGGCUCCUGAUGGCCAGUUAGAGCCUGGUGGUCCUGAUGGACAGAAGGGCCAAGAGACCAAUGAGGUGUAUGAGGAGACGGCGGCCAUCGACUGUGACCAGGACGGAGUAGCUGCACCAAAAUUUACAGAUGGAAAUGGCAACCACACAGGAAGCACUGCUCACCCCGCCCCCGCCGGUGGGCCCCUGGACGCUGGACCAGACUCCCCGAACCUCAUCUGGAGGGUCCUGCUGGACGGCCGGAUCGGCCCAGAUGAGCUGCUAAUUAACAUCUCGACCAAUCAGCUGCUGACAGAGGGAGACAGUUUGUUCUCAUCGGAGGUGGGACCAGUGGAGUUGGACCUGAGCAGCCUGGAGCGAGACGGCCUGAACGAGACGUUGGAGUUCACUCUGGGUCGCAAACGCAACGACAGCGGAGACGCUCCCUUCCUGAAUAAAACAGUGCAGAGCGGUGGGAGGACGUCCAGCCGCUCCAACAGAACCAGGGGGAAUCAGAGGCAGAAGAACCUGAAGAUGAGCGCUGCUGAUAUGUACCGCUGGAAGCUUUCCUCUCAGGAGCCGUGCAGCAUGACCUGCUCCAUCGGAGUGUCCAAGUCCUUCGUCUCAUGUGUUCGUUACGACGGCAUCGAGGUGCACGACAUGUACUGCGACGCUCUGACCAGACCCGAGCCGGUUCACGACUUCUGCAUCGGGAGAGAGUGUCAGCCCAGAUGGGAGGCCAGCAGCUGGAGCGAGUGCUCCAGGACCUGCGGGGAGGGUUUCCAGUUUCGGCAGGUGCGCUGUUGGAAGAUGCUCUCGCCUGGCCUGGACAGCUCGGUGUACAGCGACCUCUGCACCAUGACCGACCUGGAGAGACCCAUGGAGAGACGGGCCUGUAAGAGCCCCGCCUGCGGCCCGCAGUGGGAGGUGGCCGAGUGGACUGAG